ACUUUACUUUACUUUUUUUCUCUCGCUUUACCAGACAGUGUGCAUUUUGCACAUGGAAGCCACUGGCCUCCAAUGGCUUGUUACUACAUUGUCAUCAGCUCCACACACCUCAGCAAUGGACACUUCAGGAACAUCAAGGGAGUUUUCCGGGGUCCCCUCAAUAAGAAUGGCAGCAAGAACUUGGAUUACUCACAGAAGGAGAGGACUAUGGCCGAGGCACUUGAGGACCUGAAGGCUAACUUCUACUGUGAGCUGUGUGACAAGCAGUACUACAAGCAUCAGGAGUUUGACAACCACAUCAACUCUUACGACCAUGCUCACAAACAGAGACUGAAAGAGCUGAAGCAGCGGGAGUUUGCCCGGAACGUGUCCUCCAAAUCCAAGAAGGAUGGCAGAAAGCAAGAGAGAGCACUAAGACGUUUACAUGAGCUGGCCGAACAGCGGCUGGAGGGCCAACGCGUACCUGGUAGUGGACCCAUGUUCCGAUCUACCACUGUGGCCGUGGAGGAAGGCUACAGGGGAGCGCAUGGUGACAGAGCCAGCAGCCGGGCACAGAACAGCACCCAGGAACACACAAUGUGUCCAAACAUCACCUUAGACACACUUGCAGAUAACACCAGCACCAUUCAGGCCCAGCAAACUCCCAGCACUGUGACCGGAAAGUGUGGCCAAAAAAUCUCUUUCUCCUUCCCUAAAAAGGCCUCUCUGAAGCUGGAGUCUUCGGCGGCGGUGUUCUGCCAGGCCGGGGAGGACGGGUCAAGCAGGCAUGCAUGUAGACAGAGGCUCAGUGUGCAGCUCAACUCCCCACAGCCUCCCACUGGCCUAGACUCCCCCAGCCCCACUGCCAGCGAGAAGGCUCUGCAUAACAAGGGGAAGAUUCACAUUGCAGGCUCACAGGUUCAGGGGUUAACCAAUGCACCAUCGGGGUCAGACAGCUCGAUGCCCCCAGCUGAUUUGUGCACUAUCCUCGUUUAUUCUGAGGAUGUGGCUUUUCCCUGCACAGUCCAAUCUUCCAUGUUUCUCUCCCAUUCAAACACAUUAGAUGACUGUGAACUGGACAUGGUGCAGGGAAGUCUAAAAAGCAACUUGGCUGAACAAAGACAGGAAACUGAGGUGGAACAAGGACAGAGGACAGAGCCUGACAAAAUCAUGUUAGCAGAUAAUGUCUCCCAUAAGGGAGGACACCCAUUGUUGAACUGCGCUAAUCAUUCAAAUGAAGCAAUUUACACUCAACCCCAAGACAAAGAUCUAAGUGUGUCAGAGGAUGAGAAAUGGACAGUUGCAAGGCCAUGUAAACCUUUCUACUCUAUCCUCAGUAGAAAUGGGAAAACGGUGCUCCAGUGGCCCUCUGAGAUGUUGACAUUCACCAGGACAAGUCCAUCUAUUUCCUUCAGCUGCAACCCACUCCAUUUUGACUUCAGAGCCUCCACUAAAGACGCUGGCUGCAGAGUGGUGAAAAGAGCUGUCGAGAAAUCAGCUGAAUUAGCUAAGAAGUCCUACAGUGAUCAAGCAACCCUGGAAACACUACUGCACCCUGUACAACUUCCUCUACCAUUAUCCACCUCCAUCACCAUCCACCAGACUUUCCUGCAGCACCAUGCUAACUUCCUCCAGCCACAGCCCCUACUCAUGUCACCUAUCCUCCCCUUCACUCACCUGCCACUGGGGGCAGAGGUUUACCCACACAGUCACCCAAUUUCGGUCAUGGCACGACCGAGCCUGCACCCCCUGACUAUGUCCUUUCACCCCCUGCCUCGCACUAUGUUUCCUCAUAUGUUCCCACAUCACCACACUGUCAUCCCCCUACAACCUCUGUUUUAA